AUGCCACACAACACCUUUGCCACUUCUGGAACUUCGCUCGUUGGAUACACUCUCGACAAUGGUCGAUUGGAACUCCUCUCAGUUCUUGGCUUGGGAGCGUACGGAGUCGUCUACCUUGCUGUCGACCUCCACGCGCCUACCCCGGUCUACCUCGCUGUGAAAUGCCUGCUUCGCUCUGGACUGGAUUCGAGGCAAAAACAUUUCCAACGCAGAGAGAUUGCACUUCAUCAACUGGCCUCGAGGCAUCCGAAUGUAGUCACUCUGCAUAAGAUCAUCGAGGAAGGCGACUACGUCUUUGUCGUCAUGGACUUUUGUGAUGAAGGAGAUCUCUUCGGUAUGAUCACAGAGCAACAGCGGUACAUCGGUCACGACGCUUUGAUCAAGAAGGUCUUUUUGCAGAUCGUCGAUGCCGUCGAGUACUGCCACUCUAUGGGGAUCUUUCAUCGUGAUCUCAAGCCUGAGAACAUUCUAUGUACUCGGGAUGGUGAAAAGAUUUGCAUCGCAGACUUUGGACUCGCGACGUCUGAACGAUACUCUACCGACUUUGGAUGUGGAUCAACAUUCUACCUCUCCCCAGAAUGUCAAGGUGGUCUCUUUGAACGAUUAGAGUCGUACAACACAGCUACGAACGAUCUCUGGUCUCUCGGCGUCAUUCUCGUCAACUUGACGUGUGGGCGUAAUCCAUGGCGUCAAGCUUGCCCCUCGGACGAAACCUUUAGAGCCUAUGUCCACGAUCAAAACUUUCUCAGAACCAUCCUCCCCAUCUCUCACGCUACCAAUCAUAUCCUCAAGGGAUUGUUCUCCCUCGAACCAAAAGACAGGAUGACGCUCAAGGAUCUCAGAAGAGCAGUCCUCAACGUCGAGACAUUCACCAUGACCGAUGUCGAAUUGGAAACUGCUCAUUCGGCAGCAAGAGCAGCCGCAGCUGCCUUCCGACCUAUCCCACCCGUCAAACCCAUCACCAUUGCUCCUGCUCCUGCUCCUGUCCCUGCCACCCACCACCACCAGCACCAACAGCAACAACAACACACCCCUCCACAUACCCCAACGACGAAGCACAAGAGACGUCAUCAUCAUGCUGUGGUACCUCCCACACCCGUCACGCCCGUCGUCAACGUCGAUGUGGAGCAUGUCGAUGUGGUCGAUAUCGAAAUGGCAGAAAACCCAUAUCAUCCUUCAGACAGAUUGGCAUCUUGGUCGAAAUCUCAUUCUCACUUGGACAAGUCGUCCAGUGCCUUUGAAAUUGAUACCGAUAUUCUCGAUACAAUAGAUUUCACUCAAAAGCCAUCUUCUCAUACCGCCCCCACCGCCCCCACCAUCACCACCAACACCACCAAAGUGAUGGGAUUCCGUCGAGUCCCUGCUCCUUUACCUCCAAACCAACCUCUGCCUCAGAUCCCCACCGAAUCAUCCUCUUACGAAGAACCAUUCGAUAUGGAUCCACUCAACAUGGCUCCCACCUCGUCUCAAUCCUCUUCGUCGGAAGACCCUUCUCUCCCUCCCACUCCCGUCUUUGGACCUGCCGACAAGGUCACAGGUCGUCAAAGUCCCUCGACCAGAACUUGCAAUUCAGGUUCUAGCACCUCGGUUCCUGAUUGGGACCUUGGGCCCAAAGCAAAGACAAUCUCGAGACCCAAACUCUUAUCCGUCACGGUCGGACGUCGAAACAUCCGAAUCUUGUAA